AUGGAUAUGUUCAUACUUGCUCUUGGAAUUUUAAUAGUUGCAUGUAUUAUUUUACAUUUCUAUACUCGACAAGUUCAACAACAUCCAAAAGAUCCUAAUUAUCGAGGUUUUCAACAAACUUAUUUACUUGUCUAUUUAUUAGCCGUUGCUGGUGAUUGGCUUCAAGGCCCCCAUGUUUAUGCAUUAUAUGAAAGUUAUGGAAUACAAAAACAUGAAAUUGAAGUACUUUUUCUUGCUGGUUUUGGUUCAACAAGGAUAUUUGGUACCAUUUUUGCUCCACUCACAGAUAAAAAGAAAAAAAAAAAAAAAAAAAAAAAAAAAAAACAACAACAACAUAUCAUAUUUUCUUUACUUGAAUUUUUUGUUUUGUUAUUUAGUGGAAGACGAAAUACAUGUAUCAUGUAUGGUAUUCUUUAUGGAAUAUCAUGUGGAACUAAGCAUUUUUCAAAUUUCCAUAUUUUACUUGUUGGACGAUUACUUGCUGGUAUGGCAACAUCAGUUUUAUUUAGUGCAUUUGAAUCAUGGCUAGUUAAUGAACAUCGACGAAGAAAUUUUGAACCAGAAUCAUUAAGUCUUAUAUUUGCUAAUGCAUAUUUUGGAAAUUCUGUAGUGGCUAUUAUAUCGGGACUAGUUGCACAAUUUGCAGCAAAUCAAUUUGGCUAUGUAGCUCCAUUUGAUAGUGCUAUACUUUCAUUUAUUGCAAUGUGUAUUUUAUUAAUAACAACAUGGUCAGAAAAUUAUGGUGAUGCUAGUGCACCUAUAUCACAGUCAUUUAUUUCUGCUUGGACUGCUAUUAAAUCGGAUAGAAAAAUAUUUUUUCUUGGUGUUGUUCAAGCUUUAUUUGAAGCAUCAAUGUAUGUAUUUGUACUUGAAUGGACACCAGCAUUAACUGAAGCAUUAAAUAUAUCAAAUAUUGAUAAAACAGAUAAUACAAAUCCGCCUAUUCCACAUGGUUAUGUAUUUGCUGGUUAUAUGGUUGCUAUGAUGAUGGGAUCAAAUUCAUUUAAAGUUUUUUGUAAUUAUACAACACCUGAAUCAUUUAUGAGGUGA